AAACCAGGAUCUUUGGAACAACAUUUCCCGCUCGCCCAAGCGGGCAGUUUCAUCCAUGGCGGGAGAAAUCAAAGUUCGACUUCAGCAUCACAAAGACAGGUUUGAGGUGACCUUGCCCGCCACCAGCCGAGUGUCAGCGCUCAAACAGGAGGCCUCGCGCUUGACCUCGGUCGAGCCGGGACGGCAACGGCUGAUUUGUCGCGGGAAGGCCAUGGGAGUUUUUCCCAUUUACGACCUUCUUCAGAUGCACAAUACACUGAGCUGGCUGGAGGUGCUGGACGGCUCCCUGGAGCUUCAGACGCUGCUUCCGAAGGCAGGUGCUGAGCUCACAGUGAUGCUAAUGCCCAUGGAAUCCAGUGGCGACCAGGCCAGAAGGACCUGGCAGCACUACCAGCGGGUGCUACUCGCAUGGCUCAGGAGCAUUUGGGUUCCUCGGCACAGGGCAACGCGCUGCUCCACAUGCGCGUUGCACCUGCACGUGGGCGGCUUGCCGUGUGUGAGGCCUUCAUGUACAGUUUCUUCCAUUCGCUCCUAGUACCAAGCGCCUAUGCGCCGUCCAAAGCUCACAAGGAGCACCACACGGAUGGCAUCGAUCCCACUGACCUGGCGCGUUUGGCAGCGUGUGGUGCUGGCGGCUGAGGUUAAGCAGGUCGCCUAGGCCCCGGUGCCUGGGCGAUCCCUCGCUGAGUUUCCGCAAAGCGUGCGAGUCACCAGUGGCCCAGACAAGCACAG